AUGUUCUUCUCCAAGACCCUCGUCGUUCUCUCCGUCGCCCUCUCCGCCCUCGCCAGCCCCCACGUGGCCCGUGGCAUCCACCACCGCGACGUCGCUCACCGCGCCGCCAUGCCCGUCGCGCAGCCCGAGCCCGUCGUCGCGCCCAUUCGCAAGCGCGCCGACUCCAAGCGCUGCAAGGUCCGCUCUAGCACUGCAGCCUCCUCGACCGCCGCGGCCACCACCUCCCUGGUCGCGCCCUUGAACGUCGAGAGCUCGGCGGCUCCGGCCACCACGGCGGCGCCCACCACUGAGGCCGCCCCCACCACCACCAAAGCCGCCGAGACCACCACCAAGGCGGCGGCGACUACCACCAAGGCCGCUACGACCACCAAGCACACUACUACCCAGGCCGCUGCGACCACCGCUGCUAGCUCGAGCGGCGGCAGCGACCUCGCCAACUUCUUGGCUGGCACCAACGUCGGACAAGGUACCUUCUACGCGACUGGUCUCGGUGCCUGCGGUAUCACCAACUCGGACACCGACUACAUCGCUGCCGUGUCCCACUUGCUCUUCGACACGUACCCUGGUUACAACGGUGUUAACCCGAACGCGAACCCCCUCUGCAACCGCAAGGUCAAGGCGACUUACCAGGGCAAGUCCGUAACCGUCGCGAUCACCGACCGCUGCACAGGCUGUGCCCUCACCGACCUCGACUUCUCCCCCUCCGCGUUCGACCAGCUCGCGUCCGAGGACCUCGGCCGUCUGUCUGGCAUGACCUGGGUCUGGGCCGACUAA